CUCUCAGACUCAGGUGCAUAAAUGUCAAAAAUCGUAAACAACCUCUAGUUUGAGGUUAUGAAUAAAAAAAAUAAAUGGAUUUUCUAUAAAAAGGAAUAAAAUACUUCAUGUUUUUUUUUCCAUUGAAUUAAGUUAUAUAGUCAAUAUUUUAUUCCGCAAGAGAAACUAAUUUGUAGCGAAUUAUUCUAAUUAUUUACUUUCUGACGAAUAUAACCAAAAACAUUUCAUGUAAAUUAAAUAUAAAUAGUUGUAUUCACAAUAUGCUGCUGUCUCGACGAAUAUUAGCAUUUAAUAAGUGUCUCACAAAAUGUUUUAUUCGAUUAAAUUCUUCGGAGCAAAUAGACUAUCUGAAAUCGAUACUUGCUAAUGGUGUUAGGGAUUGGCCUUUAGUGCAAGAAAACGUUUUGAAAAAGUAUGGAAAUUAUAAUAAUAAGAAUAUAGAUUCAAUGAUGCUAAAAUUAAUGGUAAGAAAUAAAGAAUUCGAUGCUGCCAUGGAGUUUGCUGAUUUUUUAAAAACGAAUAAUAGAGAUAAUUCUCUGGGUGCUACCAAUGGCUUGCUCAAUCUUUAUUUUCAUUAUGGAAUGGAGCAUGAACUAUCAAAUGUGCAGAAGCAGUUUAUUUUAGAUUCCUAUGUUAAUUUAUAUGAAAAGUACAAAAUAUUAGAUUAUUCAACUGCAGAGAACCUGCUCCAUGCUCUGUGUGUCAUCAAUGAGUGGAAGAAAUGUAUAAAAGUUUUAGAAGACAUUAAAAUAAGUGGAACUCCAUCUCAUUCAGCAUAUAGUACUCUAAUAGGUACAUUAUUUAAAAUAAAUAAAAAAUCAGAAGCCAUGAAAAUGAUAACUAAAAGUAUGAAUGAUAGAAGGCCUCUCCUUGACUAUGCAUAUGAAGAAUGGCUAAAAUAUAUAAACAGAAAGUAUAAGGACAACAAAACAAUAAUAAAAUAUUUAAAUGAAAUAUCCACUCAUAUAUCAAAUAGUUGUAUUCCAAUAACAAAGCUAACAGCAAAUAGAAUUAAGGAAGCCUAUUCACAAGUAGAAUGGGAUGCAAAUUUAACUUCAAUGCACAGAAAGACUGGUGAAUGUACAACAUGUCAUCAAAAAUUGGAUUGUUUGAAACUGACUGAUGAGGAAUUUUUACAACUACAGAAUAAUGUGAAAGACAAGCUAAUUGUUGGCUCCGAUUUAUUCUUAAAAUCUUCUCCGGGCGAACUGCAAAGGUUUUCAAAGUUUGUUGAAAAGACAGCACCAUAUGAUAUUGUGUUGGACGCACUGAAUAUUUCGUUUUUGGCAAAUAAGAAUAUGAAGGAUAGACUGUAUGUGUUGGGUCAUGUUGUUCAUCACUUUGCUAAACAGGAUAUGAAAGUAUUGCUUCUUGGAAGAAAGCACAUGUUGAAGUGGAAUAGAUCUGGCUUAGAGUAUCUAAUGGCAAAAUCUUUAACAUUCUUCACUGAUGAUAUAUCCCAAGACGAUCCAUACUUCAUAACUGCGGCCAUUCUCAGCGGCUCUCACACGGAUAUUGUGUCCCGCGAUUUGCUAAGAGGUCACCGUUUUGUGCUGCAAGACGAGAAUUUAAGAAGGAUCUUCCAAAGAUGGCAGUGGCAGCAUCAAUGGAAAGUUUUCAUGGGCAGAAAAGGCCCUAAUAUACAGUCUCCCCUACCGUUCACACCGUGUGCACAGUACAACAACGGGGUGUGGCACAUACCGUACGAGUCUGAAAACGCAUCCAAUGACGGCAGAAUUAACGACGGUAUUCCCGAUUGUUCUACGUGGUUGUGUUUGCGGCAGAAAAAUAGUCAAUAAUAAAUUUAUAUAAA